AGAGAGAGAGAGAGAGAGAGAAGUUGGUGGAGGAGGAAGAGUGAAGAGGGCCAGAUACGUUUUUAGACACGGAGCGUCCACGAGCGUCGCGACGCCCUGAGGAGCAGUAGUCGCGUACCUUGGGCAGCUUCCACCUUGCCGGCUCGCGAUUCUCUUAAACGUCGUUUCUUGAAAAUUUCUUCUUUAAAUUCCUUAGCAAAGCUAAAAAAAUUUGGUUGAAGCUAAAGGGAUUGGUUAAUCUUAUAGGAUUGAUCAAAGAACACAAAGGAUUAUAUAGAUCUUCCGUGAUGUACAGUGAUUCCAGGUCAAAAUACCCGCGAUUCUUGACGAUAAAAGUUAAAUUUGGGUCGAGCCUCGUUAAAGAGAGCGAAGAAAUAUAUUCGAGAGAUAUUUGAUCCAAAUAGCGAAGGAAUUUUCAGAGGCGACUAGUUAUAUUGCGUUGUUGUUGCAUUGAUCUAAGUGGUUAGUAGCUUUUCCUAGAGGCUAGUGGUGUAUUAUUUGAGAUUAAUCAUUCCGUUUUCGACGAUCAAACGUCAUUGAAAAAUGUUGAGUUCAAAGGGAAAAGGAUUCUUUAUGUUUGGCAGGUUUUAAUCGAAGGUUUGAAGUGGAUCGAGUGAAGUGUCAAAAAGAGUUCUCUUGUUUUUUUCCUUGAUCGAAUGUGUCUUCUUCUUCUUCUUCUUCUUCUUCUUCGUUUAACAGUUGGUUAAAAGUAAAAGGAUUACGUUUCUUCGAGUGUUGUGCCUUGUAAUGAUUUAGUGUUAACGACUCGUGCCCGACGACUGGCAACUGGUCGUCUAUAGAGAUCUAAUCACGUUGAUAAACCGCGAAGAGAAGAUAUAUUUGCGAAAGUGGUUCGUGUGGCGAAGAAGGAGAAAGACGCGACGAUGGCUGAGCGUCCUGGCGGUAGGAGACGCUCGCGUCGCGACAGCAUGGAGGCCGGAAGUUCUUUGCGUGGUACACCACCGGCCUCCAAGGAUCGUAGGACUAAACGUGCUAGUAAACCGUCUAAAGAAAGAUGGUUGUUGACUAGGAAAACUUGGAGAUAUAUGGCUGAUGCUGGAAGACGUUUGAUACCCGAUGGUGCUCACAAUCGUUCCGAGGAUAUACCCAAGAUCGAACAAUAUUUUCAAGAAGUUUGUCAAAAGGAACCAAAGUUCCUACUUUGGAGGAAAGCUUCUUAUCCUGGUACUUUAGGUUUCCGUUCUCAGAGACGACGUAGACACGUUAAAGGUGGUAGUUGUAGAGCUAAAGCUAGCUCAGCUGACGAAGCUGACGAGAUUAGGAAUCCUCCUCAAGGAUUCGUCCUUCAAACUACAACUUCUGGCAAGUUUGAUCUGGCCAAAGCGAAGAGAGACUUUUUUUUGGCAUCCGACAGUGGUGGUAGCGCACCUUCCAGUCCUGUUAGUCGUAGGAGGACAGCUAAGGAAGAUGCCGAGGUUAAAGUUUUAGCUGAUAUGUUGCAAAAGUACCUGAACAUGCAAGGUGAUAUCGGUGAUACGGCGAAAUCUUUGGAUAGAAAUAGUGUGGUCAGUCAUAUCGAGGGUAAAGAACACUUUGAUUAUCAAAGUCUAAUUGAUAAGUUACAACAGCAUUUGGAUCUCAUCGUAGCUCAGGCAAAGAGAGAGCAAGUAGUUCCUAAUAAUGAAACGAAAUCAAUUAACAGAGACAAUGUUUCUAAAUCAUCUGUAACACCUUAUCAAGGUGAUUACAUUCAUAAAUCUUUGAUGGAGACUCUCAGUCGUUACUACAGCAAGUCUCCGACUAGAGAACACGUAAUAUCAGACAUCUUGACCGAUCGUAAGCUCUUGGAAAAGCUUUACUUUGAUCUUAGAUGUACCAGAGGCUUCAGAGGACCAAGAGCAACCGGUGCUUACACAUCACCUUCCAAUAGAUGGUGGGCUCAUCAGAGAACCAGGACCACAGGCAAAGAGAAUGAAGAUUGGUACUCGGAAAGACGCGAUCCUAUAUCUCCACCUCCUCUGAUAGCUGUUCAAGAACCUAGCACUGAUCGCGGACCACUGGACGAUGGUGUACAAACUGAUCCAGUACCCCGUGAGGUUUUAGACGCUAUACUUCUUGAGAGAGAGAAAGACGACAGUAGUAAAAGUGAAACGAGUGUACCUAAACCCAGUGGUCGUAGACGUAGUAGCGUCGAUAAUGACGAUGUGUCGCCAUCGGUUAGUGACACCAUCAAGAGGUAUCUCAGAAUGGCUAGGAAAAAAUCUAUGGAUGCUGAUAAGGUCGAUAGAUUCAAACGUGUUAAUUACGAUAGAAAUCUUCGUAAUAUCAAACCAAAAGGAGAGAUUACUAAGCCUGGCGACGACGAUGGCAAUAACAAAGGUUGUCAGACCGAUGACAAUUGGGCUAUUAAUUAUCGUGAAAUGUCCUCCAUGGAAAAUCCAUUUGAAAAUCUUUCGGACGCUGAUACAACCUCGCCAGCAAGUAGAAACGCAAGUUCACGUAGCAGCAUCGAUGCUGGUCUCGGUUUGGAAGAACCCCUAACUCCCAAACAUCAUCAUCAAUCCUUUCUCUCCCAUCUCCUUCAUGGCUCCAAUGCUCACAAGGACAAACCGCAUUCGGCACCUGGUUCACCGGCACUCACAUCUUCUUCGAAAAAUUCUUCAGGUGGCACAGCGAUGCAGAAGAGCAAGUCUUCCAGCAGCGUGGUACAUCACGGUAGCAGGCUGGUUGCGAAGAAAAUCUGGAGGUCCAGGAGUAAAAGUACCUCGAGGGCCUCGAACUUACCGUCCAUCUGGACGCCUCAGGGAAAAUGCACGUGGGCUGGCACAGGUGGACGACGAGUGACUCUCCAGGAUACUUCUUUGCGUUCUCUCUCAGAAAUAGAAAGAAAAGUUUUAUGCAAAGUUGCCGUAGCGAAGCUUCAAGCUCUCAAUUUAGGUGUUCACAUCAGGCCACCGAGUGAAUCUCUCGGAAGUGGUGCGGUUGCAACGAAACCAAAAAGGAGAGCAUAUUUGCUCAAGAGGAAGGCGCUCACAACAGGGUUCUUUGAGAGUAAGGGAAAGGAGGAAAAAGACAAAGAGUCACCAGGUGGUCUUGUUUUUGGUAUACCACUUUCUCAAUGUCUUGAGAACGAUAGGAUCGCUAGAAUCGCUGCUGGUGAAGUUGCCGAUGUUGGUAGUUUGACCAGAAGUAGUAGACACGGAAGUAGAACGAGUUUUAGCAGUCUGAUAGAAGCACCUACGGUUGCAGCAAAAACCGAAGAUGGUGGUUCAUGCGAAUCAUUAUCGUCGAAAGGUGGGGGUGCAUUGACCGGAAGUGAUUCUGGUGUUCUUGAAUUGAGUGACAGCGGUGGGGGAGGGACAACAGGUGAAUGGGAUGCUGUACCAGGAAUAGUUAGACAAUGUAUUAGACAUCUCGAAGCUACUGGUCUGCAUACGUUAGGUAUCUUUCGAGUUUCACCUUCGAAGAAAAGAGUUAGACAGUUGAGAGAAGACUUCGAUUGUGGUCGUGAGACGAAAAUCGGUCCUGAUCAAUGUCCUCACGAUGUGGCAGCCUUGCUAAAGGAAUUUUUUCGGGACCUGCCUGAUCCUCUGCUCUGUAGGGAUCUCUAUCAAGCCUUCGUGCAUACCCAAAAGAUCAGGAACAGGCGAUUGCAACAAGAAGCCCUUCAACAUCUCAUUCAAUUACUGCCAACACCUAAUCGUGAAACGCUUUGGGCAUUACUCAAUUUUCUUAGUGUCGUUGCAUCGAAUAGCGAGGAUCGAAAGAGUGAAACUGGUGAAUGGAUACCAGGAAACAAAAUGAACACUACCAAUCUGGCUACUGUUUUUGCACCGAAUAUACUUCACUGUGUGAAACCUAACCAGACUAGACCAGAAGUUUCUGCAGAGAGAGCAGAAGAGAGGAUAGACGUGAUAAACGUGGUACGAGCUCUCCUCGAACAUGCUUCGACGUUGUUCACAGUGCCAGCAGCAUUGUUAGAUGAAUUGUACCUGCACAUGAUGGAUACUCAUCCAGGCGAAUUAGAUUUAGCUAUCUCGCGACGUGCCGAGGAACAAUGCGGAGACGAGAUUGAUCCAUGCAGCGAGGCAGAAAAUUUUUCGGUCGAGGAAACAUUAACAACCUCUGGGAAUACACCAACGGCCGCUACAGCAGCAACAAGAAAAGUUUGGACGAGGGAAGAAUGUUUACAUCAAACAGCUGGCGUUGGUGGUGAUAUUGGUCCAAGGCCGCGUCGUCCAAAGAGGCCAGGAACACGUAGAAAAGAUGAGGGACGAAGUAACAGCGUCGACAGUGGAUCAAGCGAGGAUCCAACCGAUCCUCGUAGAAAAUCAUCUCCGAUGGUUAUAACAGCCAGUUUAACUAUACCAAUGUCUGGAGCGUUCACGUUGAACCUUGAUGAUCCAGACAUUCCUUACAUCGAAGAGACACCGAAACAACCUAGCGCACCACCAAGAAGACAAAGACAACGUUCUAUAUCUGGUUGUAGCGAAGGUGGUAGACACGGUAGCGAUAGCGCUGUUGGUUCGUCAGCAACGUUAUCAGGCGAUCAAGUACCAAGUUCACCACCUUCUUGGGCUUCCACACCACCAGCUAGCCCUGACAGUGCUGUCACAGCUGUCUCAUAUAUUCCAGAUCAACAAGCUGUCCUACAAAGGGUCUCGUUUACCACUUCGAGCGAAGUUAGACAGGUUUCCAGGGGUAGUAAUCAAGAUGCUAGCAGGAGUAGCGCUAUUCCUUAUACACCUAGUAUAACGAGUAUAGGUGGGGCUGUUUUGAGGUCUAAAACAGCUGAUAUAGAAAGGAUGUUACACAUCGGUAAUAGAUCCGAUCCAAUUUCGGCCAAUCUUCAACACAGUAAAACGACAACAGCGACAACUACGAUGUCAUCAACAACCUCGUCGGAGAAUAAGAAAUAUACGAAGAGACGUUACACCGACUCGAGGCAUCAGACUCGUCAUAUACCGGAUUUGGAUACGCUCGGUGGGAAGGCAACGACGAUGACGGUGACGUCAUCUAUGACGAUCUCAUCUACGACGUCAUCGAGUUCGGUCAUGGCCACGCAAAAUCAACGUGCCUCGACAGGUGGUGUACAACCUGUUUGGAAACGACGAGAAUUGAUCUCGAGUGCACCGAAGGGACGUGAAAGUUACUUCUGAAAUUAUCAUCGUCGUUGUUGUCAUCGUUUAUCAUCAUUUUCUAAUCCUAAUAGCAAUCCUAAUCUCUCUCUUUUUCUCUUCUCUCUCUCUCUCUCUCUCUCUCUCUCUCUCUCUCUCUCUCUCUCUCACUUUCUCUCUGUCUAUCUCUCUAUCUCUAUCUCUAUUUCUAUCUUUCUUACUCUCGCACACGUUGCCGUCGUGCGAUCGUUUUUAAUACGGAACAAUAUAGUAAUAAUAAUCGGACAAAACAUUUCUCUAAGGAUUUUCUUUCGAUGAAAGUAGUCUUUCGAUUUUAGGAUGAUUUAUACGGUGGAUGAUAGCAGAGUCGAAGAGGGGAGAAGGUGUGGGAAAAAUGAGGUGAAGAAGGAAAAUGUUAAUUAGGUUUAUAUCGUCUCUUACUCGUCGAUUAAGUAGAUACUUACACGCUAAGACUCUGUUUUACUGCCUAUCAGGUCUGGCCUGGCUAAGUGUUCCUCGAAUCCCGUGAUGGUAUAUCAUGAAUUUUGUGUCCAAUUGUUUUCUAGAUAUUUUUCUUUCUUUUUCUUUCUCUCUCUCUCUCUCUCUCUCUCUCUCUCUCUCCUUUCGUCUUUUUUCUUCGUUGCUUUCGUUUUUAUUUUUAUUCUUA